ACAGUAAUCAUGCUGCUGAAUGUGUGCUGUGACUGUCACUAUGUGUCCCUUAGCAGUAACAGAAGCUUUUUUUCCCCCUCUGGCAGGAUGAUAAGGACCUGGUGCACGAGUUUGUGGUGGCGGAGGGGCUCACGUGCCUCAUCCGCGUGGGAGCCGAGGCCGACCAGAACUACCAGAACUAUAUUCUCAGAGCCCUGGGGCAGAUCAUGCUGUAUGUGGAUGGAAUGAAUGGCCUGAUUAGCCAUAAUGAAACAGUGCAGUGGCUCUACACCCUCAUCGGAUCUAAGUUCCGUCUGGUGGUGAAGACGGCCCUGAAGCUGCUGCUGGUGUUCGUGGAGUACACCGAGGCCAACGCGUCUUUGCUCAUCGAGGCCGUCAGCGCCGUGGACACCAAGAGAGGCUGUAAGCCGUGGUCAAAUGCCAUGGAGAUUCUGGACGAAAAGGAUGGAGUGGACACAGAGUUGCUGGUGUAUGCCAUGACUCUAAUAAACAAGACCCUGGCUGGGCUCCCUGAUCAGGACUCCUACUAUGAUGUGGUGGACUGCCUGGAGGAGCAGGGGAUUGAAGCCAUGGCACACAGGCACCUGAACAGGAAGGGCACCGACCUUGACCUGGUGGAGCAGUUCAACAUCUAUGAGAUGGCCCUGCGUCACGAGGACGGGGACGACGAGACCCAGCCGCCCCCCGCGGGCCGUAAGGACCGCCGGCGGGCCAGCGUGGGAGGGCCCCCAGAGAGGCGGGGCCUGGAGAGGAGGCGCAGCAGAAGACACUCCCUUCAGAACGGCAAGGGCCACACCUCUGCCCCGGCGUCGCCCAGCAACCACGGCCACGGCCCCAACUUCCCGACGUUCAACGGGUCCAGGAUUGAGAACAUCAAUGAGAGACACCAUGGUCAUGGCACCCCCUACCCUGGCCGGUCUCACUGUGUGGCCAGCGCUCCAUCCACCCCACAGAGCCGCUUCGCUCCUUCAUCUCCUCCUUCUCCCUCAGACGUCAAGACAGACAGAUCCACACUAGGGGGCCUGCUGACGUCCUCUUACCGGCAGCAUCAGGAGUCUCUGGCUGCAGAGCGGGAUCGGCGGCGCCUGGAGAGAGAGGAGCGACUGCAGAAGAUUGAGCGAGAUGAGAGGAGCCGCUUCAAGUGAGUGGCGGCAUCCUUUUAGCACACCCAUUCCGUUCUGGCGUCCCACUGCACUGACAACCAGCACACCUGCUUCAUCUGCUAGCUCACCAACAUACAACCAUUGACAAAUACUGAGAGUAAUGCAACUCAUUCAUGCAGCCCAGAGAAUUUGGCUUCUACUGUUCUGCUCAUUACCCUGUCUGAGUUUGUCUGCUGUAAACAAAGCCAGCAGUCCAGUGUAUUAUGUUUAUAAGUAAUAUAUUUGAGAUAAGGCCAUGCAGUAGCCACUACCGAACUUCCCCAGUUAGGAGGGAGCAUCUGAAGUGUUUGUUCAGACCCUUAUCAGAGACUGGCGCUCUGUUUUUCAGACUGGCCUGUGGUGGUCACUUCUUAUUAUGGCCAUGUCUGAGCUAUUAUUCUCCAUGGCGGCUGUGGAAGUGCUGCUCCAGCAUGAUACAGCAGUCUGGCUUCUGACUGGUCUCACCAUAUAAAGAUUCAUUCUGGCCCUGAGUGUGUUAGCUUUGCCCUUUGUUGCUACUCCAUCA